AUGUCGAACUCAUUGGGCAAGCUGGUUCUGAAUUUCACUUCAGAGACGUCGUUUGUAGAUGAUAUUCAAGACGUUCGGCAAAGAUUGGCUAUGCUAAACAAUUUUGGGCUUAUUGUUUACACUAAUAAUGUGCAGGCACCAGUCACCGUCAGAGGGCUUCAUCUAAUUACUAUGGAAGCAAUGGAUUACAUCCAUUGGAUAACAAAGAAGAGGGCUGAUCGAUCUGACAGCAUCGGAAAUUUUUUAUUUUGGGUGAUGAUAGUAAGGAUGAUUGAGUUGUUAGAGAACGAGUUGGUAGCCAAACAAAACGCAGCAAAGGUGGAACAAUACUGCAACGUGCAUCUAAGAAGUAAGUCACAACAAGCUAAUGCUGAUGUUGAUAGUACUCUUGGUACCUCACCAGAAAAUCUAAGAAGGAUGUCACAACAAGCUAAUGCUGAUGUUGAUACUUCUCUUGGUACCUCACCAGAAGAUGGGGAUAUUAGAUUUCGAAGCCAUCUACUCAUUCAAACCAGUUCACAUUCACAAGAAGAUGUUCUUAUCAUCCAACAACUCACGAACUGUGUAAAGGAGCUUGAGAAGGAGAAUCAGAUGCUUGUUCCCAGGGUUUGUAGUCACGUGGACAAAUACCUUAAAGCCGUGUUUGACCCCAAGGAAGUACCGGAUCCCUACAUUAACUUGGUGAUGGAUUCACUUCCAUCGGAAAUUAUGAGGCACCUCAAAGAAACCGUGAUGCUGAUGGUGAAUGCAGGUUUCAUGGAGGAAUGCAGCGACAUUUACAUAAAAUGGCGAAGGGAGUUUCUAGAACAGUGUCUGCGGGCACUUGGGUGGCAAUUUCAGACGCCCAGCAAUGACGAUUUUGAGAAGUGGUUAAAAACGAGCAAGGCAGCUGCAAAGGUACUGUUUCCCAAUGAAAAGAGACUCUGCGAUUAUCUCUUUUCAGAGAGACGUUUUGAUGCGGAUGUCUUCUUCGAGAAGGUUUACAAGAAACUGACGACUGGUCUACUGAGUUUUGCCGAUAUCACCAUAACAACGGAGAGCCAUUUGCCGAAUCUUUUGUCCAACAUCGUCCCUAAAAUGUUGGAAUCAUUGCACGAGCUGAUAGGGGAGAUCUCAGCCAUGUGUUUUCCCAAAUUGUCGUGCGUACCUGAUCUUGAAGACUUUCGGAAAAAAUUGUCUAUUUUAUGCGGUUUGAGGAAUACUAUUUAUACUAAUAAUGUGCAGGCACCUGUCAUCCACGGAGGGCUUCAUCUGAUAACUUGGGAAACAAUGAACUACAUCCUUGAUAAUUCUGGCAACAUUGGAUAUUCUUCAUUUUGGGUGGUGAUAGGAAGGAUGAUUGAGUUGUUAGAGAGCGAGUUGGAAGUGAAAUCUAAAGACUACUACGCUGACCCCGCAUUAGGCUAUAUUUUUAUGAUCAAUAAUCUCAGCUACAUAGAACAAAAGACGCGUGAUUUAGAAUUCCACGAUGAUUGGUUUCGACAAAACACAGCAAAGGUGGAACAAAAGUGCAACCUAUAUCUAAGAAGGUCGUGGAAUAAGAUGGUGGAGUUUUUGAAGGUUGAGACAAAGGAGUGGGCCGAAGCUCAUGUGGUAGCGGAGUUAAUGAUAGAAAAUAUCCGUUUGUUCAACCUGCACUUUGAGGAGACAUGCACAAUUCAAUCUACAUGGACGGUCUCUGAUAAACAACUGAGGGAACGAAUAAUAAAAUCCAUUGAAGGGUUCUUGUUGCCAGAAUAUGGAAAAUUUUAUAACAGCUUUCUAGUUGUUCUUGGUAAUCAAGCUGACGAGUAUAUUGAGUUUGGAUUUCAAGACAUUCGAAAUUGUCUCAGCAAUUUGUUUCUUCUAGAUGAGGAGACGAAUCUAGAAUACAAGAAAAAUGUAUGAAGUUUGCAAUAAUUUAGAAUACAA